AUGUAAAGGUUUUAAAAUUUAUUAAACUUAUUAGAAGAACAGAGAAAUAAAACAUCCUCAAGACAUUCAAAUUCACCAAAAAAAAGUAAAGUAUAUACCAAUAAUGAUGAAUAAUUUCUAAAAGCAAGUUUAAAAGCUCAUGAUUCCAGAAAAUAUUUAUUAAAAAAUAAUCCAAAAAGUGUACAUGAAAGAUUAAACUCAUUGGUUAGAAAAAAAUCAUCACCUUCAAAUAAACUAAGAAUUAAACAUAAUUCUUUGCAUGAAAAUAGUUUUAUUAGUAACACAUAUACAACUUAAGAUGAAAUGCCAUAUAUCAAUUUACCAAUUAACGAAGUCUAAAUGCCAUAAUAUGAAAAUCAUUAACAAAUUGUAUAAAAUCAAAGAUUAAAAACUGAUACUAAUAGCUAAGAAAUAAUAAGUCUUGAAACAUAAUUACAAAAGUAUCCUAAAUUAUAAAAUUAUUUUCAAAUUAAGAGAAUUUAGAAAGAACUAAUUAAAAAAGAACAAUCAAAGCCUAUUUCAGCAUUUGCAAAUACAAAACCCCCCAAAGAUAAAUAUCAAUUAAAAUAUGGAAUAAAAUUUGAUAAUUUUGUCUCAAAAUUGUAAGAUAAAGACGCAAAAAUAAGAAUAUAAAAAAUAUAUGACAGGUAAACUUAAAUAAUUUCAUUAGAUAUACUUAUUAACGAAUAAGCAAUAAAGUUUACACAGAAAUACCAGAUGUUACAAAAUAUACAAAAUUAAUAAAUACUCAAACAGAAAUAUAUCAAGAUAUGAUAGAAAAUAGAAGACUAUCUAGAUCAAAUUAAAAAAAAUUAGAAUAAAAUCUUAAAGAAAUUUAUAGGCAAGUACUUAAAAAUUGA